AUGACAACAUACACAAAUGGAUUGCGAGGGAAGGAGGAAGAGUUGAAGAGAAAGUCAGGUUCAUUUGGGGGAAGGAAGAACGAACAGAAAAAGGAUACAGCAACGAAACAAAAAUUCGAAAACUUAGGAAAGUAUGAGUCACCAAAGAAGAAGACUGAAGCAUUGAUGCAGUGUAAGAAGUCGUCGGCGGACGAAAGGGUAUCAGAAAGGAGGAAGAAAGUUUCCACGCGACAAGUAAAAUCCUGUUCGGUGCACGGAACUACCACUGAGAAGGCGGGGGAGUCCCCGCAACGCGCAUUCUGUGCGAAGAUUCCGAUUUCCGGCUAA